AUGCUCGCGCUCCGCGCGCUGCGGCGCGCCGCCGCGACGCGCAUCGCCGCCGCGCGCACGCGCGCGGCCCACUCCCACAGCCACGAGCACUACGACCACCCCGGGUCCUUCGGCGCGCGGGACACGGGCCUGCCGGCCUUCUGGGCGACGCGCGACUGGGCGUCGCGCGCCUUCACCGUGGGCAUCGGCGGCCCCGUCGGGUCCGGCAAGACGGCGCUGACGCUGGCGCUCUGCCGGCGCCUCCGCGAGGAGCGGUCGCUCGCCGUCGUCACGAACGACAUCUUCACGCGCGAGGACGCGGAAUUCCUCGCGCGGAACUCCGCGCUCGCACCGGACCGCAUCGCCGCCGUCGAGACGGGCGGCUGCCCCCACGCGGCCAUCCGCGAGGACGUGUCCGCGAACCUCGAGGCGCUGGAGGCGCUCACGGCGACGCACGCGGGCGUCGAGCUCCUGCUCUGCGAGUCCGGCGGCGACAACCUCGCGGCGCACUUCAGCUCGGAGCUCGCGGACUUUAGCCUCUACGUCAUCGACGUCGCCGGCGGCGACAAGGUGCCCCGCAAGGGCGGGCCGGGCAUCACCCAGUCCGACGUCCUCGUCAUCAACAAGACGGACCUCGCGGAGGCCGUCGGCGCGGACCUCGGCGUCAUGGACCGCGACGCGAGGAAGAUGCGCGGCGACGGGCCGACGGUCUUCGCCUCCGUCAAGCGGGGCGACGGCCUCGAGGCCAUCGUCGACGAGGUCCUCGGCGCGCUGGACCGCGCGACGGCCGCGGCGGCGUAA